CAGACGUGCGGCUCGGGUUUGGUGUUUGAGGGCGACCUGGAGUGUAAAUGGUUAAUCGUCGCGGGCCAGCACCAGUCACAAGGACGGCGCUAAGCGAGACGUGUCAAGGGUCACGGAAACCACAGAGGAACAAAAGUGGGGCUUGCUGCAACCAGAGGCAGCUAUGGCAUCUAACAGCCUUUUCAGCACAGUGACACCAUGUCAACAAAACUUCUUCUGGGAUCCCAGCGCCAGUCGGAGGUUCAGUCCGCCGUCCAAUAGCCUCCAGCCGGUCCCAGGGAAGAUGAACGAUGUGAGCUCCCCAGGCGGGCAGCCGGACGCAGCGGCGGCGGUGCCAAGACUGCGUCCCCACGAAAACCGCAGCAUGGCCGAGAUCAUCGCCGACCACCCGGCCGAGCUGGUCCGGACCGACAGCCCCAACUUUCUGUGCUCGGUCCUGCCCUCCCACUGGCGGUGCAACAAGACGCUGCCCGUCGCCUUCAAGGUGGUUGCCCUGGGAGACAUACCUGAUGGGACCGUCGUCACCGUAAUGGCGGGCAAUGACGAGAACUACUCGGCCGAGCUGCGGAACGCCUCAGGUGUGAUGAAGAACCAGGUAGCGCGUUUCAACGACCUUCGCUUCGUGGGCCGCAGUGGCAGAGGGAAGAGCUUCACGCUGACAAUCACAGUAUUCACCAACCCGCCACAAGUGGCCACUUACCACCGAGCCAUAAAGGUCACCGUGGACGGACCGCGUGAGCCCAGGAGGCAUCGUCAGAAACUCGAGGACCCUCCCAAGACCGGUCUCUUCUCAGACCGCCUUAGCGAGCUCGAGAGGAUGAGGGUGAGGGUGACCGUUCCCACUCAAGGCCCCCGGCCGACUCUCAACACAGUGGCCAACUCCUUCAGCCCGCAGGGGCAGACGCAGAUAACAGACCCUCGUCAGUCCCAGUCCUCUCCUCCCUGGUCGUAUGAACAGACGUACCCGUCCUACCUGAGUCCCAUGGCGUCCCCCUCAGUCCACUCCACCACCCCCCUCUCCUCCAGCCGAGGCACGGGCCUGCCUGCCAUCAGUGACGUGCCUAGACGAUUGCCAGGUUCUUCCGACCUGAGCCCGUUCCCCGGUCAGUUUGACCGUCAGUUCCCGGGCCUCUCCUCCCUCACGGAGAGCCGCUUCUCCAGCCCUCGGAUGCACUACCCGGCCACCUUCACCUACACCCCGCCCGUCACCUCCGGCAUGUCGCUGGGCAGCGCCCACUACCACACCUACCUUCCCCCUCCUUACCCGGGCUCCACCCAGAGCCAGAGCGGACCCUUCCAGACCAGCAGCACGCCCUAUCUCUACUACGGCGCGUCGUCCGGCUCGUACCAGUUCUCCAUGGUUCCCGGAGGGGACCGCUCGCCCUCCCGGAUGAUCCCGCCUUGCACUAGCGCCUCCACGGGCACCUCCCUGGUGAACCCCAACCUGCCCAGCCAGACGGAGGGAGGGGUGGACGGCGACGGGAGCCACAGUAACUCCCCGACCGUUCUCAACCCCGGCGGCCGCAUGGAUGAAGCGGUGUGGAGGCCAUAUUGAAGAAAACCAGGGCCGGAGAUUGGAAGUCAUCCGAUGUCACGGUUUGAAAGCACAAAACCUUUUUUUUUUUAUUGAGAAGGGGAUUUUUGAGCUCUCAUCAGCUAUCUCUACCUGUUGCUUGGAAAUUAAGGUUGAGAUAAAAAAUGAAAAAAAGACCAGACUUGUACGGACUUGUCUUCCUGGAAUGUGUUUUGACCAAGGCACUACAAAGGGAGUCACUCUCACAGCAAUAACGAGACAGUUUUACUAGGCCCGAGUGGAUGAGACUUCACUUCAGCUCUAUUCUAAUCCACAAGCUAAGGGAUGCUUCAACAAUAUUUGUAAAAGACUGCCUCUUUUGUAUAGUGUUUGUAUUUCAAUAAGGCUUUUUGCAGAGCAUGUUUUUGUACUACGACAAUAUCAAGAUGCAAGUUAGGCACUGAGUAGCAAGUGAUGAGAGUAACACAUAUGUUACCCUAAGUGGUAUGGACAGUAAAUUUGCUUUAAACCAAUUAAUUUAACUUGUAUAUUGUGGGUGAAACAUUGAUGUAGAUUGAGGCGUUUUCUUAGUUUUAACUUAUAAAGCCAUAAAUUAUGUAUUGUAUUUGAAACUUGAGUCAAAGAAGUGUAAUCUGAAUAUUUUUGAUGCAUCUAUAUGACUAAGUUAAAAUGAUUUUUUUUUUUUUUGAUAGGUAAUUUAAGAGAGUGAGAGGUUUAAUUGUUUUGUAGUACCCAAAGAUUUAAAUGGUUUCGAAUAUUAAAUGUAAUUUCCAAAGAGUAUUGCGACAGGUUUCUUCUGGUGUAACUUUCAGUUUAACUGCUCGGCGCGUUAAGAGUCCGACAUCCUCGCUAGGCGUUGACACACAUUUGGCUUGGAAUUAAACCUUUGGUAUUUAUUGAGCAAUAACUCGUAUUGUGCCUCUUGGCAACAUAGCAUGAAAGAGAGCUUCAAUGGGGAAAAUAAUUAUCCGUUGGGGAAAUUCUGCUUGAUUUCUUUAGUUUGUCUGGUCUGACAUGCACACAAAUACUUAUGUAUUUUCUUGUCCAAAUGAGAAAUGGUACAUUUAUGCACAAACUGACAUGUAGCCUAAAGAUGAUUACGGCGGUGCCACGCCUGGUGGUGCUCUCCACUGCAGAAGGUCAGACUUCAAGGUUCAGUCGUUUUAUGAUACGUGAACUCCUCAGGACUGGAAUAAUCCUUGGAUGAUCCCACAGAUCUGGUAAAUCUCCAUGUCUUUUUUUUUUUUUUUUUUCACAUCCAGUCCGUCUGAAUGCUCUGUCUAGAUUAUAGGGAAAACAUGCCAAGUCUAUUAUAGCUUUCAUAUCAUGUGCAAAAGAUAGCUUUGAAAAAGUGUGUCUUAGUGUGUGACACACACGGGUACUUCUUUGGUUUGUUCCUUUGCGUUUUUCUCUUUCGGUCUCUGAGGCUGAAAAGGAAACAUCACAGUUAAAGACAAUUAAGAGGCUGUGACAUUCCUUC